AUGUCGACCUAUUUGGAUAAGAAGUACGGAGAAAUGAUCCCGGAAUGUAGCGUCAAUGAAUCCGAGGAGAAGUCUGCUCCUGUGAAGGAUAUUGAGUUCCUCGAGCCGAAAGCUCUGAAUGAGUUUGAACUGGAAGAUGAACACUCAUACUGCUUGACAGCUAACGGAAUGAAGUUUGAGAACCUGAAUCUUCAAGAGAGCAGUUUCAGUACAACUCUCAAUUACUAUACGUUCUUGAUGGAUUUCAUCUGUCUGAUGAACCAUGAUGUCAAACUCUUCUGCCCCACCUGUCCAGAUGUGUAUGUGCAUUUCAAGGUUAUCAAGAUUUACUCUACUGAGAAGACAGAAACAGGAGUUUCUGGAAUGAAUGGAGGAGAGUUCUGCUAUUACAGUGAAGUUACUCUCAAACAUUUUCCUCUAGCUGUUCUUUGCUCUGGCUAUGGCUUAACACCUGACUUCGCAAAGAGCUCAGCUUCCAAAGUCUUGAUUGAGCUUUGGGGAAAUAUGAAUCUCUUACCAAACUUCUUGCUCCAUGAUAUAGCUACAUCUGGAUCAAAACCUCACACCUAUCCGAAAAUCACCGAAAUUCUUUUGGGUUUCCUCCCCACAUUACUACGUCAUAACUGCUUGAACAUUGACAUGACUGAGAAUUCUUUCGUAGAUGUCUCCUCUCCAAAAAAAGAAGAAACAGAAGGAGAGACGGUCCACAUCCAUCCCACUUCUUGUGAUUCUAAUUCAAACUCUAAUUCUAAUGCUUGCCUCUUCUUCACUCAGAAAUGUUUCCCUCUCAAUGAUGAAAUCCUACAGAACAUCAUGGUUUCCUAUCCCAACCAGACUAUCAUAAUUCAUCCUUGGUUCAUCAGCGGCUCCAAUCAUCCGUAUUUCCAUUAUUUGCCUAGUAAUAUGAAGAAAGUGAUUGUUCAAAAUGAAAUCAACACAUAUGAAUACAUCAGAAAAACGGUUCGAUUGGAAGAGCGCCAAAAGAUUAUCGACGAAUUCCCUCCUACCGUUAGAGAUCUCUUGUACUCUCAGAAUAUGAAGAAGCAUUUACAAAAUAUCCAAACUGUCGACCCUAAGCCUAACACCUUCAGCUUGUUAUGCUGA